AUGACUCCCCAAUCACCAUGCGUUCCGCCCCACCCCACGCCCCCUGCUCACCGCAUCCCGCUCCGCAGUCCACAACCCUGCCCCGCCCCCUGCUCGCCGCAGCAGCUCCCCGUUCGGCCGCUCCCUCUCCUAGCUGCUCGCUCCCCCUCACAGGUCCCAGCGCGUGGCCGGUCGGCAGGCAGCCAGCAGCCGCGGCCCGCGGGAGAGCAGAGACGGCCGGUCCCGGUCGGCAGCAGGCAGCAGCAGCCGCGGCUCAGCACCUGGCCGGCUGCGCCUGGCGGCCAGAGCGCGGUGCUCCUGUGGGCUGCGUGCCUGCGCUGUGCGAAUGCUGGAACUGGUGUUCAUGUGAUUCACCCACGAAGCCACACUGCGGCCGGAGAAUUGAAGAGAGAACUUCUCAAGGGCAUAAAGUGGAGAAAGAUAGAACUGGAAGACAUGAGGUACAAUGCUGACAUGAGCUGCCUUAAAUCGACAUUCUUAUCAGGCGACCCAAGGAGCAGAACAGGUGUUAACGACAUUCUUAUCAGCGGUCUAUGGAACAGGAUCUUUACUGAAUGCAGUCAGCAGCGAGGUCCAAGGAGAGGACGAUCAAGUACACCAGUGAGUUGGAGAAGAAGGUUUCCUGAGGAAAACAUCCAGGCAACUGAAAGAUCAGGUCAUUUCUCCAGGAAGGACUACCAUAGCCGAGGUUCAGGAGCUCGAGAAGGAGCGGUGCCAUGA